AAAACCAAAAAUAACUGUGAAAUUAUGCUCUUUGUCAUUAUCAUCUUCCCCAGUUUUCACUCUCCCUUUUUCUUUUCUUUUCCUUGUUUGUUUCUCGGGAAAAAAGUUGUCACAGUAAAAACUUAACUAACACCCAAAAUUAAAAAAAUAAAAAAAAAUAAAAAUAAACAAUGUCAUCAUUAGCCUCACCAUCUCCAUCUCCAUCUCCAUCUCCAUCUCCAUCCUCAUCAGCAUCAUCUUCCAUUAUCUACUGUCUUACCUUUCUCCUUUCACUUUUCCUUCUUGGUCUUUUUGCCCCACAAUUUUUCCCUCUCCGGAAAAAUCAAGAACGACAACCCCUCAUCCCUAUGAACGAAGAACUCGACGAUCUCCAUCUUUUUGAAUUAGCUUCCAAUAUUGAAUUAUCCCAUGCAGUUCCCAAAAUUUCCCAUCUCAGGACCGCUAAUUCUCACCCGAAAAUCGCAUUCCUUUUCCUCACCAACUCCGAUCUCGUUUUCGCUCCAUUAUGGCAACGAUUUUUCCAGGGAAACGAACAUCUCUUCAAUGUUUACAUCCAUGCCGAUCCAUUCACCAAGCUGUCACCCCCCGAUUGGUCGAUAAAAGCCAAUUUCAUUCCCGCUAAGAAAACCCAUCGUGGCUCCCCGACGCUCGUCAACGCCGCUCGCCGUCUCCUCGCCAACGCCAUAAUCGACGAUUCAUCGAAUCUUUACUUCGCGUUGUUAUCACAACGUUGUAUUCCUCUUCAUUCGUUCAAAUACAUUUACGGUUCCCUCCUCGGGAACCCUAAUUCACCAUCGUCAUACAAGGCCUUUGGAAAUCAACGUCGUCACAAAAGUUACAUUGAGAUCUUAUUCGGCGAGCCGCAUUUGUUCAACCGUUAUGUCGCUCGUGGGCCUCGGGUCAUGCUACCCGAAAUCUCGUUCGGUCGGUUCCGAAUCGGGUCCCAGUUCUUCAUAUUGGCUAAACGACAUUCUUUGCUUGUGUUGAAAGAAAGGAUGUUGUGGAGGAAAUUCAAACUCCCUUGUAUAGAUUUAUAUUCUUGUUACCCUGAAGAACAUUAUUUUCCGACGUUGUUAUCAAUGGAGGAUCCCAAAGGAUGCAGUCAUUACACGUUGACCAGAGUCAAUUGGAAUGAUAGUAUCGACGGUCACCCGCAUACUUACCAUUCGCCGGAGGUGUCACCGAAGCUUUUACGUCAAUUGAGAACAUCGAAUUCUAGUCAUUCGUACUUUUUUGCUCGGAAGUUCGCGCCGGAUUGCUUGAAACCGUUGUUGAAAAUCGCCGACGAAGCCAUUUUCAGAGACUGAAGGGAAUUUUGGGUGACUCCGUUCUCUUAAAAUUUUGUCCAUUGGAGAGCUUAGAAUUAGUCCGAGUUAACUCAGUUAUUUAUCCCAUUUCAACAUAACUUAUU